AUGGUUGAAGAUAAAUAUUACCUGGGGUUCGAUCUAUCUACCCAACAGCUAAAAUGUUUAGCAAUAGAUCAAAAUCUAAAUAUCAUUCAUGCUGAAACAGUUCAAUUUGAUAAAGAAUUGCCUAAAUAUAACACUCACAAUGGUGUCUACAUCAAUGGAAAUGUUGUCGAUUGUCCAGUUGGUCUUUGGGUUGAUGCUAUUGAUUUGAUAUUUCAAAAGUUUCACGAAUCUGGAUUUGAUUUGAAGAAAGUUGAAGCCAUGUCAGGAUCCUGUCAACAACAUGGCUCUGUAUUUUGGUCUCAUGAAUCUGAAAGCUUGUUGAAUAGCUUGGAUGUAUCCAAGGGUUCUUUAUCUCAGCAACUUGUACCAUUGGCUUUCAGCAGACAAAACGCCCCUAAUUGGCAAGACCAUAGUACUUCAUUACAAUGUAAUGAGCUUGAAGCUUCAGUUGAUGGGAUGGAAGAACUGUGUGAAAUAACAGGUUCAAGAGCUCAUUAUAGAUUUACUGGACCUCAAAUUCUUAAAAUUGCAGAGGCAGAACCUGAUAAUUAUUCAAAUACCAGAACGAUAUCUUUAGUUUCAAGUUUUGUUCAUUCUAUAUUAUGUGGUAAAUUAUUACCAUUGGAAGAGGCUGAUGCAUGUGGUAUGAAUUUAUAUGACAUCAAGAAUCACAACUUUGACCAACGUCUAUUAAAUGUGAUUGAUAGUAAAAUCAAUCAAAAAAAUUGCACCGAUUUAUAUUCAAAAUUAAUGGGGAAUCCAUUACAAAUUAAUAAGAACCCUAUAAGCUUAGGAAAUAUUUCUAAAUAUUUUGUCCAAAAGUAUGAUAUUAACCCAAAUUGUUCAAUUUUCUCAUUUACAGGUGACAAUUUAGCAACUAUUUGUUCUUUGCCAUUAAAAGAGAAUGAUGUUCUAGUUUCAUUAGGAACAAGUACAACUGUUCUGUUAGUUACUUCAAAAUACCACCCUUCCCCAAAUUAUCACUUAUUUAUCCAUCCAACUAUUCCAAAUCAUUUUAUGGGUAUGAUUUGCUAUUCCAAUGGAUCUCUGGCAAGAGAAAAGAUUCGUGACGCAAUUAAUGAUAAUGACACAGGCGACUGGGAAGCUUUUAAUAAAGAGGUAUGCACUGAAGGAAAUUCCAAUGCUGAUGAAAUUGGUGUGUAUUUCCCUAUAAGUGAGAUUGUUCCAAAUGUUGAGGCAGUAUGCAAAAGAGCCAAGUUCAAUAUUAAAACUGGUGACAUCGAAAAAUAUGUCGAUUCUUUCAAGAACGAUCCAAAAAAUAUAGUUGAAUCACAAGCUUUAUCUUGUCGUGUCAGACUGACACCUUUAUUAUCAGAUGGUGAAAAUGUAGUAAAUGAUAGUUCUAAUGAGAAAGUAAAAUUUGAUUUUGAGAACUUAUCACUACUUGAAUACAAAAAAGUUAGACCCUCGAGGGUCUUCUUUGUUGGAGGAGCUUCUAAAAAUGAUGCCAUAGUUGAUAAAUAUGCCGAAGUACUAGGUGCCAAAGAGGGAAAUUAUAGAUUCUCAAAUACUUCUAAUUCAUGUGCUUUAGGUGGAUGCUAUAAGGCAAUAUGGUCAAAGACACAAGAAAUGGGACAAAUUCCAAUCCCAUUUGUUGAUUUCCUGAAUGAAAAGUUUAAUUGGGAUAAUAUUGAAAAGCUGCCAAUUACUAGUAAAAAAGAUUGGGAAAAUUUCUAUUACAAGAUCAAGCCGUUGAGCCAACUGGAAUGCUCUUUGAUGAAAGAAUGA